AUGAUAACGAAAGUGUUCACUUUUUGGCUGUUCGUUCUACUUCUGCCGUCCCGCGCAGCCGCGGACAUCUGCUCCUAUUGCGCGUGCGACGAAGACGCGAAAUCUGUCACUUGUUCGUCGCCGACACUUCUUAUAAGGACCGUCUCACUUCUGCCAUGGAUUGAACAGGUCCACCUAGUCGGGUUAAACCUACCCCAACCACCCCACUUCCUAUUUCAUCCGGCUCUACGUGUGCUACGCAUCAAUCGCUGCGGUCUACAAGGCCUCUCUGCUCAUACCCUGCUACCCUUACCCAAUCUGGAGGUACUGAACCUAGCUGACAACCACCUCGACACCCUUCCCACUACCGUACUCCGUAGCCUAAAGCACCUACGAGUCGUGAACCUAGCCAGGAAUCGAAUCACAGAUCUAUCACAAUUCUCACCCAUCCUAGCCGAAGGUCUCGUUCUCGAGCAACUCGACCUCAGCGGAAAUCCGCUCGCCCUAUCGACGGCGGAAGCCGCUUUGCCGCCGACGGCGCAACUUUUCCUCUCCGAUGCGAAUCUAGCCUUAAUCAACUCUACUGCUAUCGUUUUCUACCCUACUAAUGCAUGUUCACUAGAAGUUGAUUGUAGGAUUCUGCCCUUGAAAGCUGCUGAUUUCACCCGACUGAGCUCCCUUGACGUCUCGGGUAAUGGCCAUCUGACCGUGGAGGUGUCAGCACUGACUGCUCUGUCCAACGCUACCAAUCUGGACUUUUCCCAUACCCAUUUGCCUCCAGAAUUUACCCGCUGGCUUCAUGAUGACAGCAGAGUUAAGAUUCUCAAUGUAUCCCAUUCUGAUCUGCGACUAGAUGAGGAACAAUGGUCCACAUGUGGAAGAGAGCUGAAAAGUUUGGACAUAAGUGGCCUGCGCAUCAAGCGGCUCCAUCUAGAUACCCAUUGUGUGCUGACUACCGUAUUCGCUCGCGACAAUCUGCUCGAGAACUGUAUUCUGGAGACCCUCUCCCUUGACACACUCCAUCUGGACCGUAAUCUCUUCACCGACUGGCCUACGCUCCCUCCGGGAAUCGCCCUGGACAAUCUCCGUUCCCUAACGAUCAGCUCUAAUCUGCUCACUUCCCUUCCCCCUCAUGCCUUGUCCCAGUUCCCGAAUCUGCAGCAUUUGGACGUCUCCAGAAAUCAAAUCAGCGAGAUCGACCACCUUGCCUUCCCCAGUCUGGGAAUGCAGCUGAUCUCUAUCGACCUCUCCUACAAUCAACUCACCAUUCUACCUCACCCAGUUCUGCCGUCGCUGGUUUACUUGGAUGUUUCCAGUAAUAACCUCGUCACCAUGGACCCAGCAUUCUUUGCAGGGUUACCUAUGCUGCAGCAUUUAAAGCUUUCAAGCAACCCACAAAUCUUCACCAGAUGUGAAAAUCGCUGUUGGUCCGACCAUUUGGACGAGUUGACCGCUCUCGUGGACUUGGAUCUGUCAAACUGUGCACUUACCCGAACUCUUCCACUAUCACACCUUACUUCACUGAAAACCCUUCUGCUACGGGGUAAUCAGAUCAUUUCUGUCAAUGCCGGCGAUUUACCACCUCAUCUGCGGACCCUGGACUUGGGCGAGAACCGCCUACACUUCACCAGCAACUUCUCCCGCCUACAGUCGCUGCGGGACCUCCGGGUGGAUACAAACCCCUUGAGGUGCGAUUGCAGUCUGCACGACAUUGUCCCGCACCUACUCAAUCAAAGCCAAAUUGCUGAUCCUCAACUGUACUACUGCUUUUCUGGCUCAUGGCAAUACCCGCUGCUACCGUACCUUACCGGAAUCACACCGUGUACCGACAGUACCCGUCACAUCGCACCGAUUCUUAUCAGCACCUUCGCAUUCUCUGCAAUAAUCGUCACUACGCUAAUGAUGCUUCUGAUCGGCUAUAGACGAUACGCACAUCGAGUUAGCCACGUCUACAAACGACUAGCGACAGAGAGCGUUGCAAGGUUGUAG